CUCUGGAAGUUGUCCCGGGUGUUCGCCGCUGGAGCUCCGGGUCGAGAGGACGAGGUGCCGCUGCCGCCGGCCCCGGAGCCCAGCCCUUUUCUAGCCCGGUCCAGUCCCAGCCGCCACCUCCUGACCCCGCCGUCGACCCCGUCGUUACCAUGAAUCCUGCGGUCUUCCUGUCUUUAGCAGACCUCAGAUGCUCCUUGCUGCUCCUGGUAACUUCAAUUUUUACACCUAUAACAGCUGAAAUAGCAAGUCUUGAUUCAGAGAAUAUAGAUGAAAUUUUAAAUAAUGCUGAUGUUGCUUUAGUAAAUUUUUAUGCUGACUGGUGUCGUUUCAGCCAGAUGUUGCAUCCAAUUUUUGAGGAAGCAUCUGAUGUCAUUAAGGAAGAAUAUCCAGAUAAAAAUCAAGUAGUGUUUGCCAGAGUUGAUUGUGAUCAGCACUCUGAUAUAGCCCAGAGGUACAGGAUAAGCAAAUACCCAACCCUGAAAUUAUUUCGUAAUGGAAUGAUGAUGAAGAGAGAAUACAGGGGCCAGCGAUCAGUGAAAGCGCUUGCAGACUACAUCAGGCAACAGAAAAGUAACCCAGUCCACGAGAUUCAGAGUCUAGAUGAAGUCACCAAUCUUGAUCGCAGUAAGAGAAAUAUCAUUGGAUACUUUGAGCAGAAGGAUUCAGAAAAUUACAGAGUUUUUGAAAGAGUAGCAAGUAUUUUGCAUGAUGACUGUGCCUUCCUUUCUGCUUUUGGAGAUCUUUCAAAACCAGAAAGGUACAACGGAGACAAUGUAAUCUACAAACCACCCGGGCGUUCUGCGCCAGACAUGGUGUACUUGGGAUCUAUGACAAAUUUUGAUGUAACUUACAACUGGAUUCAAGAUAAAUGUGUCCCUCUUGUCCGAGAAAUAACAUUUGAAAAUGGAGAGGAAUUGACAGAAGAAGGACUGCCUUUUCUCAUACUCUUCCACAUGAAGGAUGAUACAGAAAGUUUAGAAAUAUUCCAGAAUGAAGUAGCCCGGCAGUUGAUAAGUGAAAAAGGUACAAUAAAUUUCUUACAUGCAGAUUGUGACAAAUUUAGACAUCCUCUUCUCCAUAUCCAGAAAACGCCAGCAGAUUGCCCUGUCAUAGCCAUUGACAGUUUUAGGCAUAUGUAUGUUUUUGGAGACUUUAAGGAUGUAUUAAUUCCUGGAAAACUCAAGCAGUUUGUAUUUGACCUACAUUCUGGAAAAUUACACAGAGAAUUCCAUCACGGACCUGACCCGACUGACACAGCCCCAGGAGAGCAAGACCAGGAUGUAGCGAGCAGUCCUCCAGAGAGCUCCUUCCAGAAGCUGGCGCCCAGCGAGUAUAGGUAUACUUUAUUGAGGGAUCGAGAUGAGCUGUAAAAACUCAAGAAUACUGCAAGCCUUUCCACACCAGCAGAGGCUUACGUGGUGGAAAUAGUGAACCUAUAUUUUCAUAAUUCUAUGUGUAUUUUUAUUUUGAAUAAACUGAAAGAAGUUUUGGGUUUUUAAUUUUUUUCCUCCCCCUGACUCAAUUGCAUUGUCAUUUAAUACAGCCUCUUUUUUACAAAAUCUGCUAGGGUUUUAAAGAACAAAAUAAAAACCAGAGGCCUGUCUCCACUUUAAAUCUGUCCUGGACAGUCUUUAUCAUGCAAGCGGAAGGUGGCAUUGCCGGAAGCACGCCGUUAACUUACACUGCCACUGCACAGGCAAGAGAAUCGGCCUGCUCCCUGUGUGCUAUCUGCUUUUUCUUUCUUCUUUUCUUUGCAUAUGGUCAAAAUCUAUUGGUAUUUUUAUUAUCACAUUUCUAAAAGCUAAGGGGAUAUAUAUUCUAGGGGCUUGGGAGGGAAAUAAAUUAAAAAUUUCACACUGUGUACUGUGUUGUACUGAUUGGUUGGGCAUUGCUUAUGAGGGUUCCAUAGUGGUUCUUCUUGGAUUCCUAAUGUGUAACUUAAACAUACUAUGAAGAGGAGGAGAGCCAUAAGCCAGAGCAUUUGGCAAAGAAAUGGAAGUAUUACUAAAUUUCUAUAUGUCUGUCUGAGACAACAGCAUAUGGAUGGCAUUUAAAACUUUGAAUGAAUUAACCCUGAAAUCAGGAAAGCAGGGACCCUGGUGGAGCAGGUUACCAGCGUUAAACUAGACAUUUUAAGGCUUUCUCUGUCUAGAAAUUUUCAUUUUCAAAGAAAAACUGUAUUUCAAUUAUUGUAAGUCCCCUCCUGUCUUUUGUAGUUUUGUUAUUGUUCUGUAGAUCAAAAGCAAAGAUGUUGAGGAACAAGCGUUUUACAUUCUUCUGUCAUCAACUGUCUAGGAUUGUUAGAGGGCGUUCCCCUCGCUUCCCUGGUUCCCCACGCCUGCAGUGGGCAGUCAGAAGGUCCCUGCCAGGCCUUGCUGAUGCCAGAGAUAGGAGCAGAGGGAGAAGACUCUUCACGUUAUAUCAGGAAUCCCAGUGCCAGAGGUCAGGCAGGCUCUAAAUUGGCUCUCCUCAGGGCCUGGGUGUGGUGCUAUAGGCCAAGGUCAUUUAUCCUUGGGAUAAGUCAGUCCCAGUUUGGGGAGAUAAUAUUUUUAAGCUUAAAAGAUUGACAUGUGCCAUUAUAUGUAGUGUGUAAUAUAUGUAACACCCUUCAAUCCUUUUAAAAUAAAAUGAAUAUUUAUAAUGGAUAUUUAAUAACUAUCAGCUUCCAGUUCUUAAUUAUGCAUGAUUUUGUCCAUAGUUUCUGUAGUUUUAUUCAGAAUAAUGAGUAUUAAUGAGGUGAUAAGGGGCUUGUUUAGAAUGUCUCACCAGAUUGUUUGUGGAGAACUAGGACAGAACUUUCUAGAAGCCAGGCUCCAUUCUGCCACUUCAUUGCUUUUAGUCAGAGUCUUGAAUAUGGUCACAGUUUUUGUUUUCAUGACCAAAUCUGAGAGGCUCCAGAUGAAAACUCACAGUUACACAGCACGCGCGCAUACAAGGUCAAAAACAGUGCCAAAAAAAAAAAUCAGCUGAAAUAAAUUUGUAAUCCUAUAAUUAGGCUUGAAAAAUAAUAAAAGAUACCACUCAAAUACUGGGCUGCAGACAACUAACUGAAAACAGUUAUUAGAAAAAAGGCCAAAGGGACACAUCUUCAAUGUGGUCUAAAAUGACAGACAUGCUGUAAAGUGAAAGAUGUAAUGUGUUACGUAGCUUUCCUGCAGAUCGGAACUUGGGCUGUAGCCUGCUAAUGCCUUCUCUGGGUGAUGAAGCCAUUCAGAACAGUGAUGCUGAGCCGUGUGUCUGUAGUGCCCACCAGCUUAAAUACUUAAGUGGUCAUCUUCACGUGUUCAUUGAAAGAAUCAGAAACAGAGUGGCCUCGAGUUGUGUUUCUGCCAUUGAAAGUGCUUAGCGCUCUGUAGGACUUGAUGCCAGUUUAUAAAAAGUUCUUGACAAGCUCAAGGGCACUCCAAGAAAAGAGGACAGUAAAAUGUUUUAAAACCCAAGUAUCAAGACUGCUUUUAGCCUGGCAUGGUGGUGGUAUACACCUUUAACCUCAGCACUCAGAAGACAGAAGCAGAGGGAUCUCCGAGUUCCAGGACAGCCAGGGCUGCAUCGUAAGACCCUGUCUCAAAAACAAAAGACUUUCUUAGAGAAAAUGGGGGUCUGAGAGCAGUCUGUUUAUUUGAAGUGUUGAUGUUGUCUGUAUACCAGGGGCUGAAUUAGAACUGGAGGAAGCCAUCAGGGAGCAAAUAUCAGUUGACAGCUACUCACAGUAACGUUCUUGGUGCUGUAACUUUUUACCUAGAGUUGCUUAUAAUUUGUUAGGUCAAUGACCUUGUAGAACACCACUGUAACAAGCGAUUCCAGAUUAAACAUAGAGGAAAUAGAGCUAAUGUGCUUGGCAUAGAAACACAGGGUCCCAAAAAUCUCAUGGAGAAAAUUCUGCUGAGGUUUUAAAAGAUGAACACCUGAAAAGAGAUAGGAUUUGGUGUGGAUAUGAUAAUCUGAAUGAAGGUAGUAAGCUCCAUGAUGCACUAGGAAGGCGUACUCGUAGAAAGACCAACUCACUGGAGGCUCAGGAUACCAAGGAAGGGAUUUACACUGUUUUGCAGGUCCUGAGGAUGGUACUUAGAAGCAGGUCUCAGACUUAAGAGUUCAGCAGAACCUUGUCAGUGCAACAGAGGUUACCUCACUCAGUCUGUGCUGAGCCUCAGGCUCCUCUGCUGUAGCUAGAGAGGCUGCCCAAUUGCCCUGAAGAAUGCUUGAAUAACUAAGGACCAGAAGCUAGAGAGACUUCUUGCUCCUCUGCCAGCAUGAGGAAGCAAGACAUCCACUGUUCUGUGGCACACACUCAGGCAUGACAUGUAUCUAAAACAUUUACAUGAAUGCAUAAGGUAGAGAAUAAACAUCUGAAGUGUCUCACAGAGAGCUCACUGAUGAAGCCAGUUUGCCAGGGAUCUUGUGGAAACUGGCAUGAAAAAAGUUAACAGGAAGUAUGCAAUACAAAACAGUGUAUGGGGGGCUGGAGAGAUGGCUCAGUGGUUAAGAGCAUUGGCUACUCUUCCAGAGGAUCAGGUUCAAAUCUCAGCACCCACAUGGCAAUUCAUAACUGUUUCUAAGUCAAGUUCCAGUGGAUCGGAUUCCCUUACACAGAUAUACAUGUAGGCCAAACACCAAAUGUACAUUAAAAAAGAAAAGGAAAACUGUGUUUGAAAUGGGAAUGCUUAGAAUGGACUCAAGAGAGAGUGCUGAUUUGGCUUCCUUUAAAAAAAUGCACCAAGGAAAAGGAAUGGGGAAUGGAUUGAUAAAGCGGGAAAACCAGAGUAACUCGCUAUUUUUCCUUCGACACUGUCUGCUAAGCCAAAAGUAAAAUGACAUGAAAUUUAGAACCCAUGUAUACCACACAAGCAAACACAAAACUUGGCCCCCUUAAAUUAUUAAAGCUGUUCAGCCCAUACUCUGUAUCACAUGGCAGUGCUUUUUGUUGCAACUGUUGGGUCAGCCCGGGAAACCAUGGAGGAUAUAUGGUUAAUGGGGCACAGUGUUCCAGUUUCAGAAUGAUUGUGCUAAUGGCAGUUAGCUAUGCUGCUGAAUAAAGUCUUGUGAAGAACGUGCAAUGCCCAUGGUCUGUGCUGGAGGAGAUUUAGGUUGCUUUAAGCAGAUGAGAGCCCGAGGAUCAGCUGUUCCAGGACUGGAGCUGCGGACUGCUGCCAGUAACGGAGUUACAUAUUCAUUAAACAGCCUGGGUAGGACCUCUGCUUAGCAACUUUUCUAGCUGUGUUUGAAAUUUUGUAUGUAUUUCCAAGUAAUAAAAUUAUAUUUGCAAAAUA